UACGACCAAUCAUAGACCGUUAAUGAGCUGCUUGCACAAUCAUUAUGCCAUGAACGUCUUGGCAACUCCACUACUGGUUUAUUAACACAGUCUGGGCAAGGGAUUUGGGCAUUCCCAGUUCUGUAACGACUUAUCUAAGCGUAAUUCUCAUACGAUACUGUGUGAAUACGGUGACAGAAUGUUCAGAAACCCAUCAUGAGCUCCCAUUUAAUGCUGACAUAAUCGAAGCUCCGCAGUUCAUAUCUAAAGCAGGUAGGGCUCCGUCUGCUUGUGUAUUGACACCGUCAUUAUCUUUAGCUCUGCGCGCACCGCAGACAGCGAGAGAGAGAGCGCCAGGGAAGGGAGAGAGCGGUUGUGACUCAAGCUCUGCGAAUUCAGUUAGUCUACUACAACUAUGAAUGCAUUGUGAGUGGCUUGUGGGCAACAGAAGCAGACCUUUAUUUGGAAUUUGUUUAUUUUUUCGUCGCCAAUGCAAAAGGAAAUAUGCAGCGAAGACUUACCUUGGUCUUUGUUAGUUUUUGUCUUGGGUUUUGCUCUGGUUCAAGUUUCCCAAGUAAUAUAAAUAUAGGGGGAUUGUUCCCAAACGGCUCCCACGAAUAUGAGGUGUUUCGGUUUGCACUCUCUCGUCACCAGGAUAUCCCCAAACUGGUACCACAAGUGGACAUGGUCGACACAGCAAGUAGCUUUGCUAUGACAUAUGCAUUUUGUUCACAGUUUUCCAAAGGAGUCUAUGCCAUCAUUGGAUUGUAUGACAGGAAGACCAUGCACAUGCUCAUGUCGUUCUGCGGGGCUCUCCACGUCUGCUUUGUGACACCCAGUUUCCCCAUAGAAACCAACAACCAGUUUGUGAUCCAGCUGAGACCGGAGCUUCAGGAGCCCCUCAUCGCCCUGAUUCAUCACUACAAAUGGACCAAGUUUGUCUACAUGUAUAGCUCUCAUUCAGGCCUGACAGUGCUGCAGAAGAUUCUGGAUACGGCAGCAGAGAAGACGUGGCAGGUGACAUCAGUGAACCUGGACAGUGGUAUGGAUCAGGUGGCCUUCCUGAAGGUGGUUCAGGACCUAGAGAAGAAGAAGGAGUACAACAUCAUCCUGGACUGUGAGCUGGAGAGACUCAACUUGAUCCUCAACCUGAUCGCUGCUCAGAAGAAGAACCUAAAAAAUUACCACUACAUAUUGGCAAACCUGGGAUUUUUGGACAUGAACUUCACUGAGUUCCAGAAAAGUGGUGCCAACAUCACCGGGUUCCAACUAAUGAACUACUCAGACGAAAAUGUCAGCAAGGCCAUAGAGGAGUGGGUGGACUUUGACAGCAAAGACCUUAAGCUACCCAAGAGAAGACUGAAGUACACAGGAGCCCUCACAUACGACGGAGUGAGCGUCAUGGCAACAGCCUUUCAGAACCUCCGGAAGCAACGUAUUGACAUCUCUCGGCGAGGCAACGCUGGCGAGUGUCUGGCCAACCCACCAGCUCCCUGGGGCCAGGGUAUCGACAUCCAGAGAGCCUUACAGCAGGUUCGAAUUGAAGGCUUGACUGGCCAUGUCCAGUUCAACGAGAAAGGCCAUCGGACCAACUACACGGUCAGCGUCAUGGAGCUGAGCCCGAGUGGACCGCUGAAGGUGGGCUACUGGAAUGAGAAUGAGAACUAUGUGAACACAGCGGUAUACACACCGGUGGUUGAAGAAUUCUUCGGACUGCAAAACAGGACCUACAUAGUGACCAGUAUCCUUGAAUCUCCAUAUGUGAUGCUGAAGAAGAAUCAUGAGCAGCUGGUGGGGAACGAUAAGUAUGAGGGCUAUUGUGUGGAGCUGGCCGCGGAGAUCGCCAAGCAUGUGGGCUAUACUUAUAAACUGGAGAUCGUAGGGGAUGGCAAGUACGGAGCCAGAGACGCUGAGUCCAAGAUGUGGAACGGGAUGGUGGGCGAGCUCGUUUAUGGGAAAGCAGAUGUAGCAGUAGCGCCGUUGACCAUCACCCUGGUGAGAGAGGAGGUGAUCGAUUUCUCCAAGCCCUUCAUGUCCCUGGGCAUCUCCAUCAUGAUCAAGAAGCCCACCAAGUCAAAACCUGGAGUCUUCUCCUUCCUCGACCCACUGGCCUACGAGAUCUGGAUGUGCAUCGUGUUUGCCUACAUCGGUGUGAGCGUGGUUCUCUUCCUGGUCAGCCGCUUCAGCCCGUACGAGUGGCAGGGGGACGACUCAGAGGGAGAGGAGGGCCACGAGCAGCAGCAGAGACAGCAGUCGUCCAGUCCCAGGAGAGAGCCAGGACAGUCCCAGUCCCAACCGGGCCAAAACCAGGGCCAAGGACAGGGCCAGUCCCAGUCCCAACCGGGCCAAAACCAGGGCCAAGGACAGAGCCAGAGUGAGGGGCACACCAAUGAGUUUGGGAUAUUCAACAGCUUGUGGUUCUCGCUGGGUGCCUUCAUGCAGCAGGGCUGUGACAUCUCGCCAAGGUCCCUCUCUGGUCGCAUUGUAGGGGGAGUGUGGUGGUUCUUCACCCUCAUCAUCAUCUCCUCCUACACGGCCAACCUGGCUGCCUUCCUCACCGUGGAGAGGAUGGUGUCGCCCAUAGAGAGUGCUGAGGACCUGGCCAAGCAGACAGAGAUCGCCUAUGGUACUCUAGACGGAGGCUCCACCAAAGAGUUCUUCAGGAGAUCGAAAAUAGCCGUAUUUGAGAAGAUGUGGUCGUACAUGAAGUCUGCUGACCCGUCAGUGUUCGUGAAGACCACAGACGAAGGCGUGGUCCGGGUCAGGAAGUCCAAAGGGAGGUACGCCUACCUGCUGGAGUCCACCAUGAACGAGUACAUCGAGCAGAGAAAACCCUGUGACACCAUGAAGGUCGGGGGGAACCUGGACUCCAAGGGUUACGGAGUGGCCACGCCCAAGGGGUCAGCACUAAGAAUCCCCGUAAACCUAGCGGUGUUGAAACUCAAUGAGCAAGCCAUCUUAGACAAACUGAAAAACAAAUGGUGGUACGAUAAGGGAGAGUGUGGAAGCAAGGACUCCGGAAGAAAGGACAAGACCAGCGCCCUGAGCCUCAGCAAUGUGGCUGGGGUGUUCUACAUCCUGAUUGGUGGGCUGGGGCUGGCCAUGCUCGUGGCCUUGGUCGAGUUCUGUUACAAGUCCAGGAUCGAGUCGAGGAGGAUGAAGCAAAUCAUCGAUGCAGCCAUGCUGAGUUCCACCCUGAGCCGGAUGACCAGGACAGGGAGCGGCGGCGAGAAUGGACGAGUGGUCGCCCAUGACUUCCCCAAAGCGUCACAGACUCUCCCCUGCAUGAGCCAGGCCGCGGGCAUGUGAUGGGGCAGUCCUUCCUCUGCACAGACCCCACCAGAAAAGAGGAAAGGAAAAGAGAGGGGGGGAAAGUGUUGCACUGCGGCUUGACUACUGCCAAUAGGAUUCACUGACUGCUCACUCUGAAGAUAGAAACAACAAACAAAAUCACUUUUGUAAAGAGACGGUUUAUUUGGAUCUUUUCUGCUGCAAUAAAGAUGGCUGUCUUGGACUUUAAUAGAUGGCAUACUUUUGUGUAUCAAAAAAAAAAAAAGACAAGCUCUUCCCCAACAAUAGUGACACUUUUUGCACUAUGUCAAUUCAGUUUUUUCUGUCGACAAUUCAGUUUUUCCUGUCUACUACUAUCAUUAACAGUCAUGAACAGCUACAGUGGAGUCUGAAAUAAUUGAAACCCUUGAUAAAGAUGAGCAAUAAUGUAUAAAAUAAAUAAUUCAAAUACUUAGCUAUAUUGUAUGCAAGAAAAAUGAUUAGGAAAUUAUUUUAUUUUAUACUAAUACAAUAGCUUGGAGAAAGAGAUUUUUUUUUCUCUCAAAAAGGCAAGGGUCAAACCGAUUGACACCCCUAAAGAUUCUUAUAAAUAAAGUAGUCAAACAUUUAGUAUUUGGUCCCAUAUUCAUAGCACAUAGUGACUACAUUAAGCUUGUGUCUCUACAAACUUGUUGGAUGCAUUUGCAGUUUGUUUUGGUUGUGUUUCAGAUUAUUUUGGGCCCAAUAGAAAUUAAUGGUAAAUAAUGUAUUGUGUCAUUUUGGUGUCAUUUUUUAUUAUAAAUAGGAAUAGAAAUGUGGAUGCUACGAUGAUUACGGAUAAUCCUGAAUGAAUCGUGAAUAGUAAAGUUACAGAGGGUCAAAGAUCAUUCCCCAAAGCCAUGAGGUUAGCAUGUUUUGGGGGUAUGACCUUUUGAGUAAACAAUAUAGCUCAGCAUUUUAAUUGUUUAUAUUAUACAGUCAUUAAUGCUUAGCUGUAUCAAGGGUGUCAAUCAUUUUGCCUUAAACUGAACAGUGAUUUUGUUCCUUGUGACACAAAAAUUCAAGCAUUUCCAAUUCCAAACAUUUGCCUUUCAACCUAUCUAUAGGUACAUACAGUAUGUUGAGUAAAAUUACUGAUGACUGUUUUCACACAUCACAUAGGAACGGAUGAUUUCUGUAUUGUUUCUCAUAUGAGCCACUUUGUCAACGUCACUGCAUUGAAAUUUCAUUCCGACUUACGGAUUUCCUCUCUAAUAUGCCCAACACCUGACAUGGAGAAUACAUUUACAUUUUGAAAUUACUACAAAACUACACUACAUUUUUGUGCAGCUAUGACAUAUUUCCCAACCAUUUUCCCUAUUGUGUUCCCUUGGCAUAUAAAUAUGUUAAACAACCAGUUUGUAGGUCAUUACUAUUUAGAGGAGUGAGUCAUUUAGCAGACUCUCUUAUCCAGAGCCACUUACAGUAGUGAGUCGUUUAGCAGACUCUCUUAUCCAGAGCCACUUACAGUAGGGAAUCAUUUAGCAGACUCUCUUAUCCAGAGCCACUUACAGUAGUGAAUCAUUUAGCAGACUCUCUUAUCCAGAGCCACUAGAGUAGUGAGUCAUUUAGCAGACUCUCUUAUCCAGAGCCACUUACAGUAGUGAGUCGUUUAGCAGACUCUCUUAUCCAGAGCCACUUACAGUAGUGAAUCAUUUAGCAGACACUCUUAUCCAGAGCCACUACAGUAGUGAGUCGUUUAGCAGACUCUCUUAUCCAGAGCCACUUACAGUAGGGAAUCAUUUAGCAGACUCUCUUAUCCAGAGCCACUACAGUAGUGAGUCGUUUAGCAGACUCUCUUAUCCAGAGCCACUUACAGUAGUGAAUCAUUUAGCAGACUCUCUUAUCCAGAGCCACUUACAGUAGUGAAUCAUUUAGCAGACUCUCUUAUCCAGAGCCACUACAGUAGUGAGUCGUUUAGCAGACUCUCUUAUCCAGAGCCACUUACAGUAGUGAAUCAUUUAGCAGACUCUCUUAUCCAGAGCCACUACAGUAGUGAGUCGUUUAGCAGACUCUCUUAUCCAGAGCCACUACAGUAGUGAGUCAUUUAGCAGACUCUCUUAUCCAGAGCCACUUACAGUAGUGAAUCAUUUAGCAGACUCUCUUAUCCAGAGCCACUACAGUAGUGAGUCGUUUAGCAGACUCUCUUAUCCAGAGCCACUACAGCAGUGAAUCAUUUAGCAGACGUUCUUAUCCAGAGAUACUACAGUAGUGAGUCAUUUAGCAGACACUCGUAUCCUUACAGUAGUGAGUGAAUUUUUGUACUUUUUUUCAUACUGGUCCGCAGUGGGAAUCGAACCCACAACCCUGGCGUUGCAAGCGCCAUGGUCUACCAACUGAGGAUUUAAAGGAUUUAACAGAGUACAGAUAGAACAGACAAUAUAAUUUCUACCUGCUGUUUCAUUCCGCAUGUUUCCAUUAAUAGUUCAGAGUUGAAGUAUGAGCCAUUGAUAAAGAUAGGAUGUUCCAAUGCGCUGGUAAGUAGAUGGCAGUAGAAUAUCUAGUGGUAUAAAAUCUUUGACAUUUUUAUUUUUGUAUUUUUUAUUUAACCUUUAUUUAACUAGGCAAGUUAAGAACAAAUUCUCAUUUACAAUGACGGCCUACCAAAAGGCAAAAGGCCUCCUGCGGGGAAGGGGGCUGGGAUUGAAAAAUACAUAAAAAUAUAGAACAUGAAUGAGAUGACUAAUCGAGUGGCUUUAGCGUUGAAAAUGAGAUGGUAUGAGAGGAUGACGCAAUUAGCCCACAAAUUAGGGUGUGCCAUUUUCAUUUUACUCUACUAAUCCACUGAUGUUUCAGGCUUGUUAACCUACAUUGAUGUUUCAGGUUCAGGCUUGUUAACCUACCAAUGACCUAACCUACAUCACCUAACCUAAGCUUACCUACCUUCAUGUGGACAUGUGGAUGGUGUUUUUGAAAACAAAAAAAGGCAUAUGAUUUUAGACAACUGUACAAUUUCACAACUUUUUGGAUCUACAGUACAAAGACCGUACAAGCACAAGAAGACUCUUAAAAUGGACGCUGCACGGUCGUAUUUGUACUGUGAGGGACAGCAUCUCAUGGUCCGUUGAGCAGCCAUCCAUAGUAUGUCACUAUCCCAUCACCCAAUAUGUUACUGUACGACUCAGAGGGUCAUCGUCUUCUCUUCAUUUUCUCCCUAUUUGUCAUCCUCUUUGGCAUAGCACAUCAAAAGUGUCACACAACUAAAACUUUUUUUUUUUUUGUACUGUACCUUAAUCAAUUUGUUUAAAAAUAAUAAUAAUAAUAUCCACAUUUGUACGGUAAGAAAUGUAAUGUAAGACACCCUGAUGAUGUUGAUCAGGUUCAGCCAGUUUUGUUCAAAGCUAUUCUCAGUCCAAUAGAUUUUGUGCAUAUAUAGUGAGAUUACAUUUAUAUUGUCCUUUUAAACAAUACUUUGAUCUGGCACUACUUUGUUUAAUUUACUUCUCAAAAUGCAAGAGAAAAUCUACCUUAUGUCUUUGUGUUCACCUCUGUCUCAAGAGAUAGCUUUUAGAAAAAGACUAAUGCAAAAAUUUGGAUUUCAAUAGGUGAGGAGAGAACUUUGUUGAGUAACAGUGCUCUCAAUAAAUUCUAAACUUUUGUAACCACA